GUCGUCCCACCUUUUCUCUUUGUCCCUCCUCGAUAGUAAGAAUCAACAGAGCGCCAUCAAUCUGCUCGCAUCCUGCUGCAAACCAGGAUGAGCCACCAGCACAACAACCAUCACUUCACGUUCAUUUAACCUCUGUCUCUCUGACCCACCGGCCGGUCGCGGUCCAUGCCUGCCUGAGAUGCGAUUUAGUUCUCCGUCUUCCCGGAGAAUAUCGGCAGUUACUCCCCACUGAAAGAGCAUGCCUGAGACGGGGGCGACCGGAGCAGCAGCAGCCGCCAGUAUCAGCUCCUCCGACAGCAGCGGCGGAACGGAAGGCUCUUGGCACAGACACCGAUCGCAAGGCGAGGGGGGAAAGACAGAUCAAAGUGCUGCCUCCUCGCAGCAAACGUCCUACGGUGUACUGGAUAAGUUAUUUGGGAAGCGGCUGCUGCAGGCUGGGAGGUACAUCAUGUCUCAUAAGUCCUGGAUGAAGACCGUGCCCACUGAGAACUGUGACGUCCUCAUGACUUUCUCAGACCGGACAGAUGACCACACGUUGCUAUGGCUACUGAACCACCUGCGUCUGGGCAUUCCGGAACUCAUCAUCCAGAUCCGACAUCACAAACGCACACGCGUCCAUGCCUUCUUCAUCACGGCAACCUAUGAGAAUCUGUUGCGUGGGGCAGAGGAGAUGGGUCUGAGGAAAUCAGUGAAGCCAGAGUUUGGGGGAGGAACACGCAGCUUCUCCUGUGAAGAAGACUACAUCUAUGAGAACAUUGGGAGUGAACUAUGCUUCUUCACAUCACAGGAGAGGCAAAGCAUCAUCAAGUACUGGCUCGACAAUCUACGUGCCGUGAAUGGAGAGGUGCUUCACAACAUACAGUUCCUGGAGGGACAGCCAAUCAUCCCAGAGCUAAGUGCGCGGGGCGUGAUCCAGAAGGUGUUUCCGCUCCAUGAGCAGAGGAUCCUCAGUCAGCUGAUGAAGUCCUGGGUGCAGGCCGUGUGUGAGAAACAGCCACUAGAUGAUGUUCAUGAUUACUUUGGGGUGAAGAUAGCCAUGUACUUUGCCUGGCUGGGGUUCUACACCACGUCUAUGCUGUAUCCUGCUGUCAUCGGCUUUGUGCUCUGGAUUCUCACGGAGUCUGACCAGACGAGUCGUGAUAUCUGCUGUGUAGUGUUUGCUCUGUUCAACGUGGUGUGGGCCACGCUCUUCCUGGAGAGGUGGAAGAGGAGGGGGGUGGAGCUGGCCUAUAAGUGGGGUACGCUGGACACCCCUAACGAGUCCCUAGAGGAACCACGGACACAGUUUAGGGGUGUGAAGCGGUGCAGUCCCAUAACAGGCUGUGAGGAGUUCUAUUACCCUCCGUGGAGGAGGAGGGUGUUCAGGUGGCUGGUCAGCCUACCCAUCUGUAUCCUCUGUCUCUGCUUUGUCUUCCUGGCCAUGCUCAUCUGCUUCGAGCUGCAGGAGUUUGUGAUGGGGAUCAAGGAGGUACCUCGCCUGGCCCGGUUCAUCCCUAAAAUCAUGCUGGCCAUCACUGUGACCGCCUGUGACGAGGUGUACCGGAAGAUAGCCUGCUGGCUCAACGACAUGGAAAACUACAGACUCCAGAGUGCCUAUGAGAAAAAUCUCAUCAUCAAAAUGGUCCUUUUUCAGUUUGUAAAUUCUUAUCUCAGUCUUUUCUACAUUGGAUUCUACCUCAGAGACAUGGAGCGUCUGAAAGAGAUGCUGGCCACCCUUCUGAUCACCCGGCAGUUUGUCCAGAACGUGAAAGAGGUGCUGCAGCCUUACCUGUACGAGCGCCACAAGCUGGGCGAGCUCACCCUGCGCGGCGUCUGGGACCUGCUCCUCUCAGCCCUGCUCAAGUACUGCCGGCUGGCCGCAAGAAAGGCCCAGGCUUCACCCACAGACCAGGCCGUGCCAGGCCACGGCCUGAGGGGAACCAGAUCCGGGCUGGGACAGCCUGACCGCAGGGAGAAGAACUGUCUAAACGGGGGAUGUGGGGUGCCUGACGAGGAGGAAGGGGAGAGGGAGGAGAGGGACAGCGGGAGGUUCAGUGAGGGAGAGAACGAGGAGUUGAUAGACUGUGGCCUGAAGCUGAGGAAGGUUAGCUUCAUAGAGAAGGCGGACAGGAAGUCGUCUGGAGGGGGCUGCGUUCCCACAAUAGAGGACAGUUUCCUGGAGGAUGGCAGCCCCACCAUGGUGGAGAAGGGGAUGGACCCGGCCUCGGUGUUCGAGACGUAUGAUGAUGACGAUGACAAUGAGAUGAAGGACACGGGUGGUUCGGCCAAUGAAAGUGUGGCGGCUGCCCCACUGCCUUCUGGGCCGGAGAGCACGGUGACGGUGCGUCAUCGCAGAAGGCAGAGAAGUUUGGAGAGACUAGACUCUAAGACCAAGAGGGAGUCGUGGAUCGACCCGCCAGAGGAGCAAGAGAGUACGAGUCUGGCACAGGCUGAGAUAGAGAGCUGCAUGCAGACCUAUGAGGACACCUUCCAGGACUACCAGGAGAUGUUUGUCCAGUUUGGCUAUGUGGUUCUCUUCUCCUCAGCCUUCCCCUUGGCGGCCAUGUGUGCCCUCAUCAACAACAUAAUCGAGAUCCGCAGCGACGCCUUCAAGCUCUGUACCGGCAUGCAGAGGCCCUUUGGUCAGAGGGUGGAGAGCAUUGGACAGUGGCAGACAGCAAUGGAGGCCAUGGGUCUAAUCGCCAUCAUAGUCAACUGUUACCUGAUUGGUCAGUGUGGUCAGCUUCAGCGACUCUUCCCCUGGCUCAGCCCUGAGAUGGUCAUCAUCUCCAUCGUCAUCCUCGAACACUUUGCCAUCCUGCUGAAGUACAUCAUUCACGUUGCGAUCCCAGACAUCCCCAGCUGGGUAGGAGAGGAGAUGGCAAAACUGGAGUACCAACGCAGGGAGGCCUUUAAGAAGCACGAGCGGCAGGCGCAGCAACACUAUCAACAGCUACAGAGGAGGAGGAGAGAGGAGGAGGAGAGGCAGAGGCAGGCGGAGCACCAGGCUCGCAGGGAGAGGGAGAGAGAUGAGGGGAAGGACUCCUCCGGGGGAGACCACCACCACGACAAGAGCCACGGGGGGAAGUCCCGUACUGGGGGGGGUGGAGGGGGGGACAAGCCCAAGAGGCCCAGCUCCCUCCUGGCCAACAACAACGUGAUGAAGCUCAAACAGAUCAUCCCCUUACAGAGCAAGUUCUCCUCCUGCAGCGCGCGCUCCCCUCAGUCUCCCAUCGGAAACGAACCCAAGCUCCCCGGGUUCCUUAGCUUCAAGUUCCUCAAGUCACCCGAGAAUAAGAAGGAAGCGGCGGCUGCUGCUGCAGCAGCGGCCGCCACGGCAACAAAUACCACGACGUCCACGACCGCCCCAAGCGGUAACCAGGAGUGGUCUCAGUCGCCAAGCAAGUCAUUCAACCCGGGGAAACUGUUUAACUUUGGGAAGUCGGAGGGGGGCUCCUGUGUGAACGGGUCCCAGUUACCCCGACCAGGGGAGGGGUCCCAGGGGUCUGACAAACAGCCCGCCAAGUCUAACCUGAACGGGGUGCCGGACGAGAUCCCUUCACCUGGAGGGGACGGGGAGGAGAACGAACGCCACACAGACUCCUCGGACCCUAAAGUCUAGUCUCUCUUUGGAGAGAGAUGACAAACUGCUGUGAGAACUUAACUUGAUCUAUCUACUCGAAGGAAAAACAUGUGGGGGCGAAAAGGCCAAGCCUCUCUCCAUGCUGUCUGGGCCUGAGGUUGUGUAUGUAGACGCUGCCUAGAGACUGUGAGGGGAAUGGGCUGAUGGUGGUGAUGACGAAAGCAUAACCCGUGCACGUACACAGACACACACACACACCUUACUUCUGUCUGCAAUACAUAUAGAAAUGCAUGAGCUGUGUUUCUAAAACUUUGGGGGAAAUAAGGGAGAGCAGUGUAUCUUGAUUUAUUCUAGUCUGAAAAUUGUAAGCAUCUUGGUGGCCAUCUUGCCACUGGAACAUAACAGCCUGGUUUUGGGGAAGAGAAGAAAAGGGGGAAAAAAUGGUGUGUGAAUCAGACGCAUAAUGAGACCUUUCGUAGUCGCCACAAAAUGAUCGCCUGAUAUCAGACUAAUUUUUAACUAUAAAGGCCUAUCGGCUUUACUACUUAUACGAAGCGGCUUUGCUAGCCGAGCAAUAUCAAUCAGUGUUUCAAAUUUCAGCAGUACUGUGAAACACGUGAAGGUCAUUCUCAUCAACCUAAACUCCCAUUUAAAGACAUACAUGACGUGCCAUGAGCUUUAUUUACAAAGCAAAAAGAACCACCAGAGCUUAGUAUAUACCUCCCAAGAAAACAACCGCAAUAUCUGAAGUGUAUGUCUGACAGUGAGAGUGAAACAGGAUGUUGUGAAAGGCAGAGAUGAAAGUCGUUUGAUAAAAGACAGGCUGUCUGUCUCAUAUCAGUAUGUGUUCUAGAGAGAGGGAGAGAGGAAAAGAAAGAGAGAGGGAGAGAAUGACAGCUGUUUUGACUGAUGCCUGCCCAGGAAACUGAGAGUCCGAUGAAGGAAGAUGCCACAGGAUGUUGACAUGGAUGUCUGUGUAGGCUAGACAGUAUACAGUAUGUGCUAUGGAGAGUCUGGGUUACUGUAGUCUACUGUGUGCCAUUCUAAUCUCUCCCCAUUCAAGCCUGCAGAGAGAGACAUUCUAGACAGUAUACUAAUCAUGGCACUCCAUUUCAACACAAAGAUCUGACUAGAUUAGUGAGAUAGAAAGAGAGAACAUUUGCACUAAACCCUGAUGUCCUGCACUGAGACAGCAGAGCUUGUUCUGCAGGUGUAAGGAAGGACUAUACCAGCCUGCCUCAUAACACAACCUAACAUAUGCAAACACUUGCUUUUUUUAUCGCUAGUAUCUUAUACUGAUGCUGUUGUCAUUUCAUCUGACCAUCCCUAGUUCCUACAUCCGUAUGGCUGCUGUUCACAAUCAUUCAUUUGAGAGCUGAUAUGUCUUUUAUUUCCCCUUAUGUAUUUUGGGAUAUAUGUAAUUUGGGAUGUUGCCAAAGCAAUACCUUUCUGAGUACACUGGCAUGUGAGAACAUAGUUAAAUUUCUAGAGAUCACAGAUUUCUAAAUUCCUUUUAUAAGCAAAUCCAAAGAGAGUAUUCAACCAUCAUUAUUUUCUAUAAUGUGGCCAGAGGAUGGUGCCAGAGAACAAGAAAGUGGUUUAUACGUCUCUAACUUAAGAGUAUGAUGACGUUGUCUCUGGAUACUGAUCUGCAGUCAGUUUUGUGUCCCCCACCCCUACUGUUACAUUCUGGAUUUGGGGAAGGUAAUCUGAUAUUAGAUCUGUGCCUAUAAACUCAUAAUACAUCCAGUCUUGUUCAUUGAAAAGAAGAACUACUGCACUUCACAGCAGUGAUUCAGCACAGAGAGACAUAAACAUUAACUAUGCACCUCCACGUCAUCCUCUCUGGCUAAGAUAUUUGCAAUAAUAUAGUGUUGGAGGGACACAGUGGCACAGCCAUAAACACUAGUCCUCUACUGGUCCAUGCCUUAGCCCAGUGCAUCUCUAGUUCCACCACCCAAUAGGAUCUCCUCCACCUGACCUGGCUUCUCAGUGUGGGUAUUAAUACUGAACAUCCCAUCUCUCCUCUCUCCAUCUGGGCUGAACCAGACUCACACCUGUCUCCCUUCUGAAAUAGGAAACCUAAUCUAAGGAUGCUCCCCUGGUACACUAUUCUUUUCAUCUCUCUCUGUGCUUUAAAUAUGAGAUGAGGUUACCUAUCAAAUAUGAAUUUUGGCCAAAAACAUGCAUACACUUUCAUUUUGCAUGGAUUGCCUAGCAGUAACUAUACAAGCUACAGCCUAAUGUGAUGCUUCUGCAAUGAUACUCAAUAUAGUAUUUCAGCCUGGUCUCAUAGACUAGACAUAACAUAGUAAAUGUAAAUCCGGGACACUCAAGUUAUGUUAUGAUAU